GUAGGAGACAAGCAUGGGGAGGGUGGUGCUUAUGGCAAUCUUGGCAAUGCUUAUCACAGUCUGGGUGAUUUCAAAAAAGCCAUAGAGUACCACAACCUACAUCUUAAAAUAGCUAAAGAAGUAGGAGACAAGCAUGGGGAGGGUCGUGCUUAUGGCAAUCUUGGCAUUGCUUAUGACAGUCUGGGUGAUUUCAAAAAAGCCAAAGAGUACCACAACCUAGAUCUUAAAAUAGCUAAAGAAGUAGGAGACAAGCAUGGGGAGGGUAACGCUUAUGGCAAUCUUGGCAAUGCUUAUCACAGUCUGAGUGAUUCCAAAAAAGCCAUAGAGUACCACAACCUAAAUCUUAAAAUAGCUAAAGAAGUAGGAGACAAGCAUGGGGAGGGUCGUGCUUAUGGCAAUCUUGGCAAUGCUUAUCACUUUCUGGGUGAUUUCAAAAAAGCCAUAGAGUACCACAACCUACAUCUUGAAAUAGCUAAAGAAAUAGGAGACAAGCAUGGGGAGGGUGGUGCUUAUGGCAAUCUUGGCAAUGCUUAUCGCCGUCUGGGUGAUUUCAAAAAGCCAUAGAGUACCACAACCUAGAUCUUAAAAUAGCUAAAGAAGUAGGAGACAAAUCCUUGGAGGCAAUAGCCUACUGUUCAUUAGGACGCGUUUCUGAGUUGCAAGGUAGACUGCCAAAAGCCGUUGAACAUUACCAAGCUAGCAUAAGCUUAUUCAAUUCCUUGAGAGUACUUCUAAAAUCUAAAGAUGAGUGGAAAGUUAAUUUUCGAAAUCAGCAUCAAAUGGCGUAUACGGGUUUGUGGAGAGUUCUCGUAGAACAAGGUAAUGUAGAUGAAGCCUUAUUUGUUGCUGAGAAAGGACGAGCUCAAGCUCUAACCGACCUCAUGGAAUCCAGUUUUCGUGGUGGAACAAGUCACCACAAGAGAGAAGAUGAAGAUUGCGCAGUUUUAAAAAACGUUCCAUCAAACACUGUCUUUCAGGCAGUGGAUGAAGCUAACGUCAAUCUUUGGGUUGUGUCCGAAGGAAAACAAGUUCAGUUAAGACAAAGUAAACUCAAAGGUUUUGUUUCAGAGAAUAGUGGAUCUAGCCAGUCCUUUGAGUCGUUCAUGCUCGGUGUCUAUACACAACUUGGUGUUCGUUCUAAUGUGAGAUGCGAGAAUCGAUCUUUAGAUGCUUUGAGGGAGGGCCGUUCAAAAGUGGAUGAGAAAACCAAAGAAGCCAACCCUCAACCUCACUUCCAACAAGACGGAUGCUUGAGCAGUUUGUAUGAUAUCGUUAUGAAGCCGGUGGCUGACUUGAUUCAAGGGGAUGAGCUACUCAUUAUUCCUGAUGGAUCCCUGUGGAUCGCCCCUUACGCUGCAUUGAAGGAUGGUAAUUCUAAAUACCUGUGUGAAUCGUUCACAAUCCGAGUCGUUCCAUCGUUAGCAAGUCUUAGACUCAUUGCCGAUUGCCCAGAUGAUUAUCACAAAAGCAGUGAUGCGUUACUUGUAGGAGAUCCGUGGGUAUCCGAGGUUACUAACAGCGAUGGAGAGAAAGUCCUCGAGCAGCUUCCGUGUGCUAAAGAAGAAGUAGAAAUGAUCGGAGAAAUUCUGAAUAUCACGCCUAUCACUGGCAGAAAAGCCACGAAACGUGAGGUGUUGAAAAGACUCAGUUCCGUUUCCUUAGUUCACUUUGCGGCACACGGAUGUCCGGAAACCGGCGAAAUUGCUCUUACACCUGACCUAGACCGAAUAUCUACUGUGCCUACGGAGAAGGAGGAUUACAUUUUAACGAUUCGAGAUGUGUUGAAUGUUCAACUUCGCGCUAAACUUGUUGUGCUCAGUUGCUGCCACAGUGGUCGGGGCGAGAUCAAGGCUGAAGGUGUGGUUGGCAUUGCGCGCGCUUUUAUGGGGGCUGGUGCUCGGUCUGUUGUGGUGUCCCUGUGGGCGAUUGAUGACGAGGCUACUCUCGAGUUCAUGAAAUGCUUUUAUCAACACCUUGCAGAAGGUAAAUCUACAAGCAAGUCACUGAACCUGGCCAUGAAAAGCCUCAGAGAAUCAGAUGAGUUCCACGACAUCAAAUACUGGGCGCCCUUUAUGCUGAUUGGAGAUGACCUCACGUUUGACCUGAUGGCAAAGGAAAGAGAAAAUUUGAAUAGAAAAUCAAAUAAAUGA